AGCUCUGACUGACAACAGGGCGCAGAACAAGCGGCGGCUCUGAUUGGCGGAGCGCGCGGCGGGAGAACUGAGAGAGACCGGUGUUUAUAUUUGAGCGGCGCGCGGAGGCUGAGUCCGGUUGUGAGUCCGGUUCUGAUUCUGCUCUGUGUGAUUAUGGAUCCGGCGGAGGUUCAGACCGUGGCAGAGAGGCUGGAGCGCUCCCUCACUGUUGAUGAUGAUGAUGAGGAGAAAUGCCGCAGGUACAGGGAGGAGGGGAAAGAAGCAGCCCAGCGAGGGGAUCUGGGCCGUUCUUUGGAGCUUUUCCGUCUGGCCUAUGAACUGCGGCCCAGUGCAAAGCUAGAGAGCCGAAUCCAGCGCCUGCAGGAAGCCAUAAAAGAUGCGGAGUCACAGGAGGAAGAAGAAGAAGAUGAGGAGUUUGUAAAUGUGAACGGCAGUGGGCUGAUGCUGUUUAAGGAAUUGUAUAACAAACUCUAUGAGCAUCAAAAAGAGGGUGUGGCCUUUCUUUACAGCCUGCACCGUGACGGCCGCCGUGGUGGUAUCCUGGCGGAUGACAUGGGCCUCGGAAAAACCAUACAGGUCAUUUCCUUCCUGUCAGGAAUGUAUGAUGCUGAGCUGGCCAAUCACUCACUGCUGGUCAUGCCCACGUCCCUCAUUAAAAACUGGGUGCGUGAGUUUGCCAAAUGGACACCGGGCAUGCGAGUGAAAGAGUUCCAUGGCACCAGCAAAGUUGAGAGGAACAGGAAUCUGGAGCGCAUCCAGCGGAAAGGUGGAGUCAUCAUUACCACUUACCAGAUGCUUAUCAACAACUGGGAGCAGCUAGCAACGUACCAGCAUCAGGAAUUCCGCUGGGAUUAUGUAAUCUUGGAUGAGGCUCACAAAAUCAAAACCUCUUCGACCAAAACGGCAAAGAGCGCCCACGCCAUUCCGGCCCGGAACCGUGUGCUGUUGACUGGCACUCCUGUUCAAAACAACCUGCGGGAAAUGUGGGCACUGUUUGAUUUUGCCUGCCAGGGGGCGCUGCUGGGCACUGCUAAAACAUUUAAGACGGAAUAUGAGAACCCCAUCACUCGUGCCAGGGAGAAAGAUGCCACACCAGGAGAAAAAACCUUGGGCCUAAAAAUCUCCCAAAACCUGAUGGACCUCAUCAGACCUUAUUUUCUCCGCCGGACAAAAGCAGAGGUGCAGCAAAAGAAGCAGAACGCCAAGGGGACCAGACACGAGGAGGAGGAGAACAAAUGUCCUAAUGCAGGAGAUUCAGCAGAAAUGCCCUCACUGACUCGUAAAAAUGAUCUGAUUAUCUGGACGUACCUGAGUGAGGUGCAGGAGGACAUUUACCAACAGUUCAUUUCACUGGACCACAUUAAAGCGUUGAUGAUGACCACUCGCUCUCCACUGGCUGAAUUGACUGUGCUGAAAAAGCUGUGUGACCACCCCCGCCUGCUCUCUGCUCGAGCAGUCACUCAGCUGGGCCUGGAGCAGGGGGCCGCCACAGACCUCGCCGCUGAGGACAAUGAGAAUGAGUCUGCAGCGGGGAGCAUCGAACACGUCUCUGAUGAGACGCUGCUGGAGGAGUCUGGAAAACUGCGCUUCCUCGUGUCUCUGUUGGAGCAGCUCAAAGCGGACCAACACCGGACGCUUGUGUUCUCCCAGUCCAGAAAGAUGCUGGACAUAAUCGACCGCGUUCUGCGGAAUAGGAACUUUCGGCUGUUGCGAGUGGAUGGCACAGUGACUCAGCUGGUGGAGAGAGAGAGACGCAUCACCCUAUUCCAGACAGACAGACGUUACUCUGUCUUUCUGCUGACUACGCAGGUGGGCGGAGUCGGGAUAACUCUCACCGCGGCUAACAGGGUGGUGAUCUUUGACCCCAGCUGGAACCCAGCAACAGAUGCUCAGGCGGUGGACAGAGCGUACCGAAUCGGACAGACUGAGAAUGUUGUUAUCUACCGACUCAUCACCUGUGGCACUGUGGAGGAGAAAAUAUACCGCAGACAGGUGUUCAAAGACUCUCUGAUCCGACAGACGACAGGCGAUAAGAAGAAUCCAUUCCGCUACUUUAGUAAGCAGGAGCUAAAGGAACUGUUUACUCUGGAGGACACUCGCUCGUCCAGCACUCAGCUACAGCUACAGGCUCUUCACUCUCAGCACCGCCGCUCUGACGCCAGACUGGACUCACACAUCGCUGAGCUGCAUCGCAUGGAAAUGUUCGGGAUCUCUGACCACGACCUUAUGUUCUCCAAAGAGGACGCGGCGGAAGAGGACGAUCCUCAGGACGCGGAAGCGGACCUCUACAUUCAGAACCGGGUGCAGAAGGCGCAGGAGCUCGUACAGGCUGAGUCUGAACUGCAUGGCCAGCUGAUGGAAAGCGUGGCUAACAGCACUGAACCGGCCUGGCUUAGACUCGCAAAGCAGCGGGAGGUGGAGGAGCAUGGCAGCAAAGAGCGGGGGAAACGUACGCCCAUGCAGAGCCCCCCUGCUGUGGUGGACCUAACCCAGUCCGGCUCUGAGGAACUUCAUGACCUUUCUUACGCCGACGAGGUGGAGAUCAUUAGUGAAGAUGGUGAAGUAGAAGUUAAGAGUGAGCGUUUGAUGUCUGAUGAAGUGAUUGACUUGUCUGAUCAAGUCAGUGUUAAUGCUGCAUCUGCUGAAAGCUUAGUGAUUUCUUCUGCCGAGGACCACCCCCAGCACUCAGAGGGCGAGGACCACGACAACCGCACAAAGGAUGACCACCACAAUCGCACCAAGGACAACCUUGCUGAGGAUGACCACCACAAUCGCACCAAGGACGACCACAACCUCGCUGAGGACGACCACCGAAACCUCGCUGAGGACGACCACCGAAACCUCGCUGAGGACGACCACCAAAACCUCGCUGAGGAUGACCACCACAAUCGCACCAGGGACGACCACAACCUCGCUGAGGAUGAGCACCACAACCUCGCUGAGGAUGAGCACCACAACCUCGCUGAGGAUGAGCACCACAAUCGCACCGAGGAUGAGCACCACAAUCGCACCAAGGACGACCACAACCUCGCUGAGGACGACCACCGAAACCUCGCUGAGGACGACCACCGAAACCUCGCUGAGGACGACCACCACAACCUCGCUGAGGAUGACCACCACAAUCGCACCAGGGACGACCACAACCUCGCUGAGGAUGAGCACCACAACCUCGCUGAGGAUGAGCACCACAAUCGCACCAAGGACAACCACAACCACGCUGAGGAUGACCGCGACAACCAUGCUGAGGAUGACCACAAUGAUCACACCAAGGACUACUACCAUCACACUGAAGAUGACCGCCACAGCCACACCGAAGACCACCACCAUGCCGAGGACAACCACCAUGCCCAGGACCAUCACACUGAGGUCCUCAAUACUGAUCACAAUAUGUCUCAAGGCACACAGGAAAUGUCACUUCAGGAAGAGAAUAAUUUCAGCCCUGUGAUGAAGGAGGAUCAGGUAAACAUGCAGCUUUUCUCUGUGCACGCCAGCCCUCCUGACCAAUCAGAUCCAUCACAAUCACUGCUGGAACCCGAGCUGAACGCAUCUAACCACUCCGUGCAGAUGGACUCGUUCCAAGGAAAAUUCAACUUAGAGUUGGAGGAUAGUGCAGACAUGUUCUCCUCUGAGGAGAAAGAGCAGGAGGAGGAGGAGAUGGAGGAGGAGGAGGGUGUAGAGAUGGAGCCAUCUUCUGAGGAGGGGAACUUCCAGCUGCAAAUGGAACUCAGCGGCGAGGCCAGUGCUUUUGACUUCCCUGUGAUCGAGCGUUCUGCCCUCUCCACUCCUGCAAACGACUCUGUCAACGUGGUCAGAAAGAAGAAAAAAGCCCAGAUGAUCUGUGACAGUGAGGAAGAGGAGGAGGAAGAGGAGGAGGAGAAGGAGGAGAAGGAAGAAGAGCAGGAGGAGAAGCCGUUGUUAGGAAGCAGUCCCUUGACUCGCAGCUUCAAAAACCUCGGCUCUUCCACACCCAAAACCACACUGAACGGUAGCGCCCCUCGCAGGCAGAGCAUGAACACCUCGGUAGCCUCCCGCCGCUCGUUCGUGGAGUCAUUUCUGGAGGAUCUGGAGGAGGAUGAGGAUGAUGAUGCUGUUGAUGCAGAGCUCAGCCAAGCUUCUGAAAGCAGCAGAACAUCUUACACUGAAUCUGUGGAAGAGGAGGAGCCUAGCGGAGAAACGUUGGAUUCUGAGAACACACGCGGUAGCGAGGGAGUGAGCAGGUAUGAGAGCUGCGCGGAAGAAGAGAGUGUGCUUGAGGAGUCUACUGGUGAUGUAGAGUUAUCCUCAGGUGAAGCUCUGGAACAGUAUGCUCCAAAAAGUGUUUCCAAAGCAGUUGCCAUUGGUGCAGAGGUCACCAAUAAUACAAGCCCACUUACGUUUGAGGCUCUGGUGCAUUCUGGGAAAUCUUGUCUUGCUGAGGGGAAAAAGCAAGAAGCUCUGGACUUGUUCCUGAAAGCAAUAGACAUCAACAGCGGAGACGGUGAAAUCCAGCUGCUCAUUAUUCAGCUCUACAGGCAGCUUAGCCAGCAGUGAUAAAUUAUAUAUGCAUGCUUGUAUACUCCAUACUUUAAAUGCAGAUUUUUUUUUCUAAGAAUUGAAUUUCAAUAUAAUUGUGUAAGAUUUAGUGUAACUGUAAUAAAAGUAAAUGAGAUUAGUUAAAACAGCUAUGGCUUCAAAAAAUGCAAUAUGUUUGCACAGAGAAACAUUGUUGAACUGAACCUAAUGAAAGACUGGUGUGUAAAACAGGAGAGAAAGGGAGCAGAAAUAAACUAGUAGGAAAUGAAUAGAUGAGAGAUGAUUUGGUUAAUUUACUAUUUUCAGUGUGUUUUUCAUCUCCAUAACAAUUCUGUUUCUCCUAACAAUUCUGUGUCUGAUGAAGCUGAGGAGCAAAUGAGCUAAAUUUAAACUUUAAUCAAAUUUAAACAAUUAUAGAACCCCAUUUUAUUGCAGAAAGGGGGUUAACGAUCAUAUAGAACUAUUUAACCAGAAAAAGAAACGGUUAUUUGAGUUUGUCCUGGUUUCAUAGUUGUAAAGUUAAAAUGUGUUCAUCCUUGUUCAAAUCCAUGUCUAAGCAUUUAGACACAGUUCUAAUUUAUUAAAUUAAAUAACAUCGUGGGAGAGACAGAAAUGAGAGCAGAAAAUGUGUCAUAAUCUUAACACAUAUUAAAUUCAGUAAAUAAAUCAUUAUUGUGUAUAAAAAUGUGCAAAUCUGUUUCUUUGUGGAAAAUAUGACAGUGCUGUCAGACCUGGUAGAGGUCUAUACAGAUUAUAGUGACAUUUUUAUUUUAUUUUAUCAUGUACUGUAGAUGGUGGGUUAUCCAAUGUCUUUGCAGUUUACCAUUAAAGAACAUGAUUCAAUUUUUUUAGAUUGGCAGAUUGGUGAGCCUUUAGUGCCCACCUUUAGUUUGAUUAAAUUUGCACUUUGGAAGUGUUAAAUUCAUAAUUUCAUAAUAUAUUGCUACAUUUGCUUUAUACAACAUUCUAAAAUCACUUGAUUGAUACACAAUUGUGUUCUACAUCCAUGUGGAAUUUAGUACAGGACCAAUGUAAAAUAUAUAUAUAUAAUAAAAUUCGUAAGUAGUAGUUAAUAGGGCUUCAACUAUAAGUCGAUAUAAUCGACAAUGUCGAUUAUUUAAAUUUGUCGACAACGAAUUUCAUUGUCGACUAAUAGUUCAUUUGUAACAGUACUGUAUUACAAGUUUUGGAGACCGAACUACAUUAGGAGAUUGGUAAAUGUCUCACUCUCACAGUUUACUCUCAACUUAAUGUGUCUCCAAAAGUGCCCAAACACUACAGAUUACAUAUUUACUCACUAAAUAUCAAACAUCCUGACAUUGAAAUGGUUUUUAAAGCUCAUGUUCAGCUGUUUCUAUCGUUUUUAGAGAUGCAGGACAUGGCAGAAAUAAUUGCUGACUAAUCGACUAAUCAAGAAAAUAAUCAUCAGAUUAGUCGACUACCAAAAUAAUCAUUAGGUGCAGCCCUAGUAGUUAAGAAAGGUAUUAGUAAUUGUGGGAGAUGUGUCUCAGUAGUAAUGUCCAGUUAUUGUCUCAGUAUAAUAUAAUGAACCUAAAGAGGGUAUCCCUCAUCCGAGGGAACCCUUUGUAGCACCUUCUUUAAGAGUGUUUAAGUUUUCUGCAUUUUUUAAACAUUCAAACUGUCCCACCUACAGUCAACAAAGCUUUACUGUGCAGUUACCCAUAAUCCUUCUUCAAAACAAUUUAAUAAAGAAGCUUUUUUCUGAG